GGCUGGCGGCCGGGCAGGCGGCGGAGGCGCGGGGCCUGCUCCCGCGGUCACCAUGGCCAAGACUGUGGCCUAUUUUUACGACCCGGACGUGGGCAACUUCCACUAUGGGGCUGGACACCCAAUGAAGCCUCAUCGCCUGGCAUUGACCCAUAGCCUGGUUCUGCACUACGGUCUCUAUAAGAAGAUGAUCGUCUUCAAACCAUACCAGGCCUCCCAGCAUGACAUGUGCCGCUUCCAUUCUGAGGACUACAUCGACUUUCUGCAGAGAGUCAGCCCCACCAAUAUGCAAGGCUUCACCAAGAGCCUUAAUGCUUUCAACGUGGGUGAUGACUGCCCAGUGUUUCCCGGGCUCUUUGAAUUCUGCUCCCGUUACACAGGCGCAUCUCUGCAAGGAGCGACCCAGCUGAAUAACAAGAUCUGUGAUAUUGCCAUUAACUGGGCUGGUGGUCUGCACCAUGCCAAGAAGUUUGAGGCUUCGGGUUUCUGCUAUGUCAAUGACAUUGUAAUCGGGAUCCUGGAACUGCUCAAGUACCACCCUCGGGUGCUCUACAUCGAUAUUGACAUCCACCAUGGUGACGGGGUUCAGGAAGCCUUCUACCUCACUGACCGGGUCAUGACAGUGUCCUUCCACAAAUAUGGAAAUUAUUUCUUCCCUGGUACAGGUGAUAUGUAUGAAGUUGGGGCUGAAAGUGGCCGCUACUACUGCCUCAAUGUGCCCCUGAGGGAUGGCAUCGAUGACCAGAGUUACAAGCAUCUUUUCCAGCCAGUUAUCAACCAAGUGGUGGACUUCUACCAACCCACGUGUAUUGUGCUUCAGUGUGGAGCUGACUCUCUGGGCUGUGAUCGAUUGGGCUGCUUCAACCUUAGCAUUCGAGGACAUGGGGAAUGCGUUGAAUAUGUCAAGAGCUUCAAUAUCCCUCUACUGGUGCUAGGUGGUGGCGGCUAUACUGUCCGAAAUGUUGCACGUUGCUGGACUUAUGAGACGUCGCUGCUGGUAGAAGAAGCCAUUAGCGAGGAACUUCCCUAUAGUGAAUACUUCGAGUACUUUGCCCCGGACUUCACGCUCCAUCCCGAUGUCAGCACCCGCAUUGAGAAUCAGAACUCACGCCAGUAUCUGGACCAGAUCCGCCAGACAAUCUUUGAGAACCUGAAGAUGCUGAACCACGCACCUAGUGUCCAGAUUCAUGAUGUGCCCUCUGACCUCCUGGCCUAUGACAGAACAGAUGAGGCUGAUGCAGAGGAGAGGGGUCCUGAGGAGAACUACAGCAGGCCAGAGGCACCCAAUGAAUUCUAUGAUGGAGACCAUGACAAUGAUAAGGAAAGUGACGUGGAAAUUUAA